UGCCCAAUGUGAGUCCCAUCUCUUCCUUUCUGUAAUAUCUCUGGUGCGCUGACUUUUUGCGGGGUUGAUGUACAGUAGCUAGCUAUCACAUUUAGCCACCUAAACGGAGGGAGACCGAAGCGAAGUAGCCCAUCUUAACCGACUGGUUGUGGGUGGGUGAUUUCCACAAGAUGUCGUUCCCUCCUCAUCUCAACCGAACCCUUCUGCCACCGGGCAUCCCCCCUCCUCAGUUUGCUGGUUUUCCUUCAGGUACCCCAAUGAUACCAGUGCACAUGGGUAUUAUGACCCAAACCCCCGCGGUCUUGGUGCCCACCUCCAUGCCUGCGGCACCCAGGAAGGAGGCCGCCAAGGAGACGGACGAGAACAGUGGUCCCACCACCACUGUAUUUGUAGGGAACAUCUCAGAGAAAGCCUCGGACAUGCUGAUUCGACAGCUGCUGGCGAAAUGUGGCCUGGUCCUAAGCUGGAAGAGAGUCCAAGGAGCCUCUGGAAAACUUCAAGGUAAAAACAGAACAGCUUUUGGGUUCUGUGAGUACAAAGAGCCCGAGUCAACGCUGCGGGCCCUGCGGCUGCUCCACGAGCUGCAGAUCGGGGUGAAAAAGCUGCUGGUAAAGGUGGAUGCCAAGACCAAGGCCCAGCUGGAUGAGUUCAAGGCCAAAAAGAAGAGCAGCACCAACGGCAAUGGGGCAAAGGCAGAGGGUGGAAAAGAGGAGGCGGAGGAAGAGGAGGUGAUCGACGAGGACACCAAGAGGCGGGAUCAGGUCGUCAAGGGUGCCAUCGACGGUCUGAUCCGCGAGUAUGCCAGCGAGCUCAAUGCUGCCUCGAAUGAUGAGUCCCCCCACCGCAGGAAGAAGAAAGAGAAGAAAGAAGAGGAGGAUAUCAACGCAAUUGACGGAUUGGAGGAUGACAAGAGAGACCUGAUUUCUAGAGAGAUCAGUAAAUUCCGCGACACCCACAAGAAACUGGAGGAGGAGAAGGACAAGAAAGACAAGGAGCGUGCAGAGUUUGAUCGCGAGCGACGGGAGAGGGACAAGGAGAGGGAACAUGAAAGGGAGCGCCGGGACCGCGAGCGGGAGAAAGAGCGCGAGAAGGAGAGGGAGCGGGAGAGGGAGCGCGAGCGUGAGAGAGAACGUGAGCGGGACCGAAGUGACCGAGACCGUGAUCGCAACCGGACGAAGGAGAGGGAGUGGGAAAGGGAGAGGAGCCGUGACAGGAGCAAGGACCGCAGUCACUCCAGAGAGGUGAGUCGCGACAGAGACAAGGACAAGAAGCGUGACCAAGAGGAUGAGGAGGAGGUCUACGAGCGGAGAAGGCUGGAGAGGAAACUCCGAGACAAGGAGGCAGCCUAUCAAGAGCGUCUGAAAAACUGGGAGAUCCGCGAGAGGAAGAAGGCUCGAGACUACUCCAAGGAGUCUGAGCGGGAGGAAGAGCGCAGGAGAGAAAUGACUAAAGAAAGCAAACGGCUGAAGGAGUUCCUGGAGGACUACGAUGACGACAGAGAUGACCCUAAGUACUACAGGGGCAGCGCACUGCAGAAGCGUCUGAGAGACAGGGAGAAGGAGACUGAGGUGGAUGAGCGCGACAGGAAGAGAGAGAAGGAAGAGCUGGAGGAGAUCAGACAAAGGCUGCUGGCCGAGGGACACCCAGACCCCGAAGCCGAGAUACGCAGGAUGGAAGAGGAGGCGGAGCGUCUGCGCCAGCCUCCAGUGAAGCCAGAGCCCGACCCCGAGGAGGAGCGGGUACACAAGGCCCCACGGGUGGAACGGGAUCGCCGAGGAGACAGAGAUCGAGACCGAGGUGAUCGGGAGAGAGAGAGAGGUGAUCGGGAUAGAGAGAGGGGGGAAAGAGACCGAGGUGAUCGGGAGAGAGAGAGAGGGGAAAGAGACCGAGGUGAUCGGGAGAGAGAGAGGGGGGAAAGAGACCGGGAGAGAGGGGAUAGAGACCGGGAGAGGGACAGAGGGGACCACCAUGUACCCCACCAUCACCACCCCCACUCUGAUCAUGAUGUGGAAGAGGGGGAGGAGGAGUUUGAUGACGACGACCAAUCGGGGUCCAAGCCCUGCCUGAAGCCCACGUUGCGGCCAAUCACUGCGGCCCCCUCUGUUUCGUCGGCCAGCGGGGGCGCCACCCCCAACACGCCUUGUGGCGGGGACGAGUCACCCUGCGGCAUCAUCAUCCCCCACGAGAACUCGCCCCCUCACGAGACCCCACCCCAGGAGGAGUUCCGCCCCAAGAUCGGCCUCAGUCUCAAACUGGGAGCCACUAGCAGCCCCAGCCAGCCCAACGUGGCUAUCAAACGCAAGAAGCUCACUGUGGACAGCGUCUUUAACAAAUUCGACGACGAGGAGGCAGACGAGGCUCCCCGCAAGCGCAAGCUGGUACCACUGGACUACGGCGACGACGACAAGAACCUCCAGAGUGUGGUAGACGGCGCCUCGGGCCUGGCGGCCAUCAAGGGCGCCAACACAGAGGAGAAGCGCAAGCACAUCAAGAGCCUGAUCGAGAAGAUCCCCACGGGCAAGGCAGAGCUGUUCUCCUACCCGCUGGACUGGUCCGCAGUGGACUCGACUCUGAUGGAUCGACGCAUACGCCCCUGGAUCAACAAAAAGAUAAUCGAGUACAUUGGAGAAGAGGAGGCUACGCUAGUCGAUUUUGUCUGCUCCAAGGUGAUGGCUCAUGGUACACCACAGGGUAUCUUGGAUGAUGUUGCCAUGGUUUUGGAUGAAGAAGCAGAGGUCUUCAUCGUCAAGAUGUGGCGGUUGCUGAUCUACGAAACUGAAGCCAAGAAGAUUGGGCUGGUGAAAUAAGAAACCCAGGAAAGCACUGAAUGAAUCCAACUUUUUCUAAUAGAGUAAUCUGACUUUAGCGUUGUCAGUCACCAAAAAGACUUCUCAAUUUGAGUGGCCUAAAAUCAAAGAAUGCGCUCAACCUAAUAAUACCCUAACAGCAUUCACACGUUGAGCUCCCGUUUUCUCAUUCUUCCAAUAGGCUCUGGUACAUGUCAUGUUACUCCACUGCAGCUGCUGACUUUGUAUUGGUGUAUAGCCUACGUGCGUGCUUGAAUGACGAAGUGCUUAUUGAAGAUGCAUGAAAGCAACCACUUGGACAAUGGCCCUACUAGUCUCUUGGCUCGAGUUGAUGUUCUGAGGGUGACAGUGGAGGUAGCGGAUUAGGGGUUAACGGUUGAUGAAGAGAACAUAGCUACUAAGCUGUGGGAAAAAGUUCACUGAAAAGCAUCUCACCGUUUUGUUUCUCUCUAGUUUUGUGACGUUAGUAAUAUCAAAGGUUAUUGGACUGCUGUUUCUACGUGGCAUCUGCUGAGUGAAACUUCUGUUUAUGCGAAGGGUAGACCUUAAGGUAGAUUUGUUUUUGUAUUACAAACAAUGCUUUCUAUAAAUUCUAUUUAAGGAUAGGCCAGCUAUUGAGCAUUUGACUUGUGGUUGGUUGGUCUCGUAGCACAGGCAACAGCACCACCUGGAAAGGAUACUGAUUUGUGUAAACAUGGUUUCCAUUUUUUCUUUUUGUACCAGUGGAAAUUUUGUUUUGAAUAAAGACUUUUUUUUAAA